GAUCCGGAUAACGUAUACGAACGUGCGUGUUGUUUGUUGUGAAGAUAUUUCUAUCGCAUUGAUGGCUUUAAGCACGGAAAUGAUUUUGCAAAUACCGAAGCUAAACUUGGAGACGGUAAAAAUAUGUCUCGAGAAGCACAAACUGGCCGUCAGUUCGGUUGAAUUCAGCCCAACACUCAGCACCUUACCGUACAAAUCAUUCAAGAAUAUUACGGUAGUUAGCAUGAAGCUUGAAAAUAAUUCCACUCUCACGCGAAGCAUAUCCCAACGAUCGUUGACGGCGGAUAUAGAGGAAGUGGAACAAAGGGUAGCAACGCGUAGCAGCCGCAAGACCUGUAACAAAAAACAUAUCAUCGUGUUGGAAUUCACAGGCAAUCAGCAAAACAUCAGCUCAGCUUUCUGCACAAAAUGUAGUGCAGCGAAUGAGAGCUGCAAUGCUAUCUACAGCUUCUUUUGCUGGAUUCAACUUAAGUCAGGGGAAACAAAGGCCGAAAAGGAGAAUAAAAAAGGCAAAGUUCCAAUUGAAGAAAAUGCAGCCAAAAAGCGGAUGUUAAAACGGGAAUGUCGUGUGUUGCUGGAACGUGUAGUCUAUGAGAGUUACAAGUCCAUGCCCUUGCUAAAGAAGCUUCAGGUGAAAAGCAUUCCCUUCACUUCAGACCAGCUCGAACUGGCGCGCAAGCUCUCGAUGGUACACUUGAUUCGCGAAUUUGAGGGCGAUGAUGCCAUUGAAUUCCUUGCAUUCUGCACCGCUCGCAUGAAAGCACGAGCGUGCGAUAACGUUGCAUUGCUGACGAUCGGUCAAGCCGACACGGAUCUAUGGCACGAACUGCGCAUCGGUCGCAUUACGGCGUCACGUAUCCGUGAAGCUGCCCAUUGCACCAUGAUGAACGGAUCGCUGAUGAAAAGUAUUAUGGGUGUUUCGUCCGGAUUUUCGUUCGCUAUGAAACGCGGCACCGAUCUCGAGGGACACGUGCUAGCCGAACUACGCAAAGAAUAUCCCGAAUUGCAGAACGCCGGACUGAUGCUCGAUCCAGACUGUCCGUGGAUGGGUGCAUCGCCCGACGGUAUAUGCGACGGGUUUGUGCUCGAGAUCAAGUGUCCGUACACGGUGAAGACGCACGACUGCUACGUGGAUGUGAAAAAACUUGCGCCAAAGUAUUUCGCCCAAAUACAACUACAGAUGCACGUAACGAAACGGAAGAAGGCACUGCUGGCAGUGGCGGCACUCGAUUUCGAAAAGACGAAACAAAUCACGAAAGUGUGGAUAAACUAUAAUAAGGUGUACGUCAACGAGGUAAUCGAGUCGGCUUUCGAUUAUUGGUGUAAAGCCGUAUUCAAGGCGUUGCAGCGUAAACGCACCAGCAAAAAGUGAGAAGUUAGGCUAUAUGUAUUUUCUUUAUAUAUUAUUUCUCAUGUGUUAUCGAUAUGUUCCGAUAUAUUCCGUCUUGCAAGGCAGUGUUGAGUGCACCUUCAUGAACAAAUGUUGAGGUCAGUAAAGCAAUUAUUAGUAUUGUGUGCUGAUAUCGGAAA